AGCUCGUAGAAAUGAAACCUUCCUCCUCUCAACAACUUGGCAUUGUUAUUUGGUUGCGUCAUUAGCAUCGGCACCCUUGGAAAAUGACGCCCACCGUAGAGAAGUCGCCCGCCAACGUUGAGGCUGGAAAUGCCCAUGGAUCUGAAGGGGCUGAUAACGCUCGGCUGGCCGACCAUGAGGUCACAUGGGAUAGCCCCGAUGAUCCCGAAAAUCCCUACAAUUGGCCAUCCCAUCGGAAAAUCACCGUCGCGGUUGUCUGCUCUGCCAGUCAGCUUGUCACGACCAUGUCUGCAUCUGGCGCAAGCGUGGGUGUCACAUUGACUGGCCCGGUAAUGGCGGACAUGACCAGCGUUGGGCCCUAUUGUCGUGGUCUAGCUGCUCAGCAUUUGUGGUGGCCUUGGCUCUUCUGGAUCCUCUCCAUCUUUAAUGCCGUUUGCCUUGUGUUAGGCUUUUUUGUCAUCCACGAGUCAUACGCCCCGGUUCUCCUUCGACGAAAAGCCAAGAAACUUACGGCUGCGCCAAAUUCAUCUGGAGUUUCCACCAGAAUCAGGGCCAGAGCCUUCUUCAACGACGUAUUCGUCCGGCUCCGUCCCGCCAUUUCUCGACCUAUCAAUCUUUUUAUACACCGCCCAAUUAUUCAGCUCAUUGCCAUGGCCAUGGCCAUCGAGUUUGGCAUCUACACCUUGGUGCUCUCGACCUUUGCUUCUCUUUGGAUUACGCGAUACGACCAAUCUGAAACGGCAUCCAGUCUUCACUACAUUGCCAUAGCCCUUGGUGCGUUUGCUUGCGCCCAAGUUGGUGGGCGGCUAAUGGAUUUCAUGUGGCGCCGGACGACUGCGGCCCAGCCAGAUCAAGAGCCAACUCCAGAAUAUCGCAUUCCAUACAUCGUGACCGGUUUCAUCCCCGCGGUUGCCGGAUUGUUUUGGUACGCUUGGUCGGCGCAAAGUGGCUCUCAUUGGGCAGUGGUGGAUGUUGGCAUCUUCUGCUUCACUUGUGGAGCGUUUAUGUUCGCCCAAGGAAUGACGGCAUAUCUGGUAGACGAGUUCACCAGUACACGAGCCGCUAGCGCCAGUGCGGCGACUCGGCUUUGGACAUACAUCCUCGGAUUUAUCUUUCCCAUUUUUGCACCACAACUGUAUAAAAAACUUGGCUAUGGUUGGGGAAACAGUCUAUUGGCUUUCUUAUUCGUUGCACUUGGAGCUCCAAUCGUCUUGAUCAUUUGGCUCUGA